GGCGUUUCCUGAUCCCAGGGCCCAAUCAGCCUCCUCGGAAGACGGAAACACAGAACAGAGUCUUCAUUUAUCCUCCCAUUCAAAAUAAAAGGAGAAAGCUUCCCAACGCAGGCGCAAGAAAGGCCAGUCCUCGUUUUUGCGGCAAGCACUGAGGAUACAAAAUGGUUUAUUCAUUGCUUUGGCUACUGGUUAUUAUCCACUUCAAAGGUUUUGCAGCCAAUGCUUGGUAAGUUGAAUACAUCUUCACUAUCAUACAUUUUGAAAUUAAUGUGGGUACAUCUUUGUUUUAUAUUUUCUAACUGUUUUUCAACAUCUUCCUCUCUUAAGGGUCGCAAAUAGCUUACUCAUGACGGGACCUAAGGCAUUUCUGAACUAUGCCACGAGCGUGCAGAUGGGCACACGGGACGGAAUUGAGGAGUGCAAACAUCAGUUCGCCUGGGAACGAUGGAACUGCCCUGACAGCGCCGUCCAGCUCAGGGGAAUGCGAAGCGCGACGAGAGAGACAUCUUUCGUCCAUGCCAUCAGUGCAGCAGGUGUCAUGUACACACUAACGCGAAACUGCAGUCUGGGCGACCUCGGGAAUUGUGGCUGCGAUGUCUCCAAGAAUGGAAAAAUGGGAGGUCGUGGCUGGCUGUGGGGUGGUUGUAGCGAUAACGUGGACUUUGGUGAGAGGAUUUCCAAACAAUAUGUGGAUACUCAAGAGACCGGACAAGACUCCAGGGCCGCCGUCAACCUCCACAACAACGAAGCCGGACGGAAGGCAGUGAAGGCCACGAUGAAGCGGAUCUGCAGAUGCCAUGGCAUGUCCGAGAGCUGCAGCGUCAAAACGUGCUGGACGCAGCUUUCCGACUUCAGGGACGUGGGCCUCUACCUCAAAGAGAAACACGACCGUGCUCAGAAACUAGAGAUGGACAAAAGGCGCAUGCGCGCGGCCAAUAACGCGGACAACCGAGGCGCCAUCGCGGACGCGUUCAAGGACAUUGCCCAGACGGAGCUCAUCUACCUGGAAGACUCACCAGACUACUGCAUGAAGAACGUCACCCUGGGGCUCCACGGCACCGAGGGCCGCGAGUGUCUGCAGCACAGGAACGGCCUUACCCAGUGGGAGCGCAGAAGCUGCCGCAGACUGUGCCACGACUGCGGGCUGAGAGUGGAGGAGCGGCGCACGGAGGUCGCCAGCAGCUGUAACUGUAAAUUCCAGUGGUGUUGUAAGGUGAACUGCGAGGACUGCUCUCAGGUCAUCGUCAAACACGUGUGCGCCAAGAGAGAGGGCGCACCCGCGCAGGGCUUCAGGAAGAGACACCGCGCACCCAAGGAGAGACAAUGAAUAAAGGGUUUUCUGUUAUGACCAGAGUAGGCCAAAAGAUUGCAUCUUCAAUUAUAUUAUACCGCACUUUCAUUUCGUCUUCAAUGUGUGUCUUUAAUGCCAUGCUAUUUAUGUAGCCUAUUGUGUCCUUCUUUAUAUAAUAAAUUGUACUUUAUGCUAUUAUGUUUAAACGUCUUUUAAGAGUA